GGCUGGAGAGAGAAUCAACAUGCCUUUGGCUAGAGAUUUACUACAUCCGUCCUUGGAAGAGGAAAAGAAAAAGCAUAAAAAGAAACGACUAGUUCAAAGCCCAAAUUCUUAUUUUAUGGAUGUAAAAUGUCCAGGUUGCUACAAGAUUACUACAGUUUUCAGCCAUGCCCAGACGGUGGUUCUUUGUGUAGGUUGUUCAACAGUGUUGUGCCAGCCUACAGGAGGAAAAGCCAGACUCACAGAAGGUUGUUCAUUUAGAAGAAAGCAACACUAAUGCUCCAUACAACUUUCUGAAAUUGUUUUGUCACACAAAGCCUUAUCAAAAUUCUAGUUAAUCUACAAGAUAAUCUAAUUAGUUUUUUUUGUAAAAUACACGGCAUUGAUCUCCUAUUUUGAUGUUAGUUUUUUCAAUAAAGUUUUGAUUAUGGGAAAA